GUAUUAUUUAUCUGAGGAGGGAACGCUAGCUGAUAUGGCUACUUGUUUGUCUGUAAACUACCGUAGCCAGUAUGUUACCACGCUUGCUGCUGUGAGCACAGCGGAGGUGACAUCACUCGUCUCCGGCGCUGACAACCAGGCAGCAACCGUUGCCCCCCCCCCGCCUCAAUGGACAGAAGUGACAGCUACAGCACCGCAGCCAUUAGCCAAACAGUGUCAGUGUUUUUAGGACCGUCUAGCACACAGAGGAUGCUGUGUAAUUACCUCUAAUCCUGCAGUGGCUUUACAGCUGUGUACGGCAUUUCGCCUCUCCUACGCUCAUCCUACAAAGACAAGGCUGCCUGCGUCUUUAUUCUGCAAAUUCAUUAUGGUGUCGCUGCCGGACUACAGUGAAAAAUGGCCCAUAACACCCACCGUACACUUACAUAAAACGCAAUAGGCUGCAACACGCUCCUAAAAUCGACGAGGAUGGGAUGCAUCGGGGCUUGUCUGAAGAAAAUAAGACGUAGGAUGAAGCUAGACCGGUUCAGAGAGCUGGGCCGACAGUAUCCAGUCUUCUGCUUUCUGCUGCUGGUCCUGCUGCUGUCUACUGUGCUUUUAAACAGAUAUAUACAUAUUAUGAUGGUGUUUUGGUCCUUCCUGGCUGGAGUCGUCACUUUCUACUGCUCUUUGGGGCCCGAGUCUUUGCUUCCCAACAUCUUCUCCUCCAUCAAACCAAAGACCAAGUCAUACCAACAGGAGUUAUUUCCACUUGGCCACAGCUGUGCCGUUUGUGGCAAAAUCAAAUGCAAAAGGCACAGACCGACUUUAUUACUGGAAAACUAUCAACCAUGGCUUGACCUGAAAGUUCCCUCUAAGGUGGAUGCUUCCCUUUCAGAGAUUCUGGAGCUGGUUCUGGAAAAUUUUGUGUAUCCUUGGUAUAGAGACAUCACAGAUGAUGAGGCAUUUGUGGACGAGCUGAGGGUGACUUUGCGCUUCUUUUCAGCCGUGUUGGUCCGCAGAACCCAGAAGGUGGAUGUGGCAUCCCUCAUCACAGAAAAACUUCUUAAAGUUUCCAUGAAGCACAUUGAAAUAAUCAGCAAAGCAAGACAGAAAGUGAAGAACACAGAGUUUCUUCAACAAGCAGCACUGGAGGAAUACGGUCCGGACCUCCAUGUAGCCCUUCGCAGUCGCAGAGAUGAGCUUCUCUACCUUAGGAAGCUGACUGAGAUGCUCUUCCCCUACAUCCUGCCACCCAAGGCUACAGACUGCAGAUCUCUUACUCUCCUGAUAAGAGAAGUCUUGGCUGGUUCUGUCUUCCUUCCUUCAAUGGACUACUUGGCUGAUCCUGACACAGUGAAUCAUUUGCUGUUGAUAUUCAUCGACAACUCCCCUCCUGAAGAAGCCACAGAGCCCACUUCAACGUUGGUUCCUUUCCUGCAAAAGUACUCCGAUACUCGCAACAAAAAGCCCUCUGUGCUGAAGCUGGAGUUGAAGGAAAUCAGAGAACAACAAGACCUUCUCUUCCGUUUCAUGAACUUCCUGAAGCAAGAAGGGGCUGUCCAUGUGCUCCAGUUCUGCCUUGCAGUUGAGGAAUUCAACGAUAGGAUACUGAGCCCUGAGCUGUCUGACUCAGAGAAGAUGAUGCUUCAUGAGGAGGUGAAGAAGAUCUAUGAGACCUACUGUUUGGACGAGAGCGUUGACAAGAUACGCUUCGACCCCUUUAUAGUGGAAGAAAUACGCAACAUCGCAGAGGGUCCGUAUCCAGAGGUGGUGAAACUGCAGACCAUGAGGUGUUUGUUUGAAGCCUAUGAACACGUCCUGUCCCUCCUGGAGAAUGUUUUCACCCCCAUGUUUUGUCACAGUGACGAGUACUUCCGCCAGCUUCUGAGAGGGGCCGAGUCCCCUGCCAGGAAUUCCAGGAUGAGCAGAAAUAGCCUCAGUUUGGAUGACAUUCGUUCCUGGGACUGGAGCCCUGAGUCCCCAUCCUCAAUGUUCACCGCCUCUGGCAGCUCUUCACCUGCAUCUUUUAACUCCCUCCAUGCCCAGUCCACGUUCACAACUUUCCCAUACGGCUCGCUAUCCCACCGCCACUCAUCACCCAAGAACACGUCAAAGAGGGGCGAGUCCUUUGGGAUCAGCCGCAUUGGCAGUAAGAUCAAAGGAGUGUUCAAGAGCACAACCAUGGAGGGAGCCAUGCUGCCAUCCUAUGGGCUGGUGGAGGGAGAAGAUGAUAUGGUAGAGGAAGCUACGAUGGUGCUGGAGGAUGACUCCCCCUUGGAGGCAGCCUCCACCCCCAGCACCCCCCGAAACCUGUCGGCCUGGAACAUCACCAUCCCGUACAUUGAUUUCUAUGAUGACGAUGUGAAGAGGGAGAGGAUUCCGGUGUUCUGUAUCGAUGUAGAGCGCAACGACCGGAAGGCAGUGGGACAUGAGACUGAGCACUGGUCUGUGUACAGACGAUAUCUGGAGUUCUAUGUCCUUGAAUCAAAGCUCACUGAGUUUCAUGGCUCAUUUCCAGAUGCGCAGCUACCUUCGAAGAGAAUCAUCGGCCCCAAAAAUUACGAAUUCCUCACAUCGAAGCGGGAGGAGUUCCAGGAGUACCUUCAGAAACUUCUACAGCACCCGGAACUGAGCAACAGUCAGCUCCUUGCUGACUUCCUGUCCCCUCAUAGUAUGGAGUCUCAGUUCUUGGACAAGAUGUUACCUGACGUGAACCUGGGGAAAAUCAUUAAGUCAGUUCCCAGCAAACUGAUAAAAGAGAAAGGGCAGCAUCUGGAGCCCUUCAUCCAGUCCUUCUUCAACUCCUGUGAAUCUCCCAAACCCAAACCCAGCCGCCCUGAGCUGACUAUCCUGAGCCCCACCUCGGAAAAUGAUAAGAAGCUCUUCAAUGACCUCUUCAAAAACAACGCCAACCGAUCAGAGAUGACUGAGAAGAGACACAAUCAGAAUUACUUCAUGGAAAUGAUCACUGUUGAAGGGGUGUAUGACUACUUAAUGUUUGUGGGCCGAGUCAUCUUCCACAUCCCUGACUGGCUGCAUCACCUGCUAAUGACCGGCAGGAUCCUGUUCAAGAACACACUAGAGGCCUAUACAGAUUUCUACCUUCAGUACAAACUGAACCAGGUGGUCCAGGAGCACCGGCUAGUGUCACUCAUCACCCUGCUUAGAGACACAGUCUUCUGUGAGAGCAGUCUGCCCCGCUCGACUCAAGACAAGCAGAAGAGGGCGAAGAAGACAUUUGAGGAGAUGAUGACCUAUAUUCCAGACUUCCUGGGGAAAUGCAUCGGAGAAGAGGCCAAGUAUGAAGGAGUGCGUCUCCUCUUCGAUGGACUACAACAGCCAGUUCUCAACAAACAGCUGACAUAUGUGCUGUUGGACAUUGCCAUUCAAGAACUUUUCCCUGAGCUAAACAAGGUACAGAAGGAGACCUCUGUGAUGGCCCCAUGGAUGUAAAAUAAACAGUUCAGAGGACAUGAGCUGAUGGGAGGAAUUAAACUAAGCCUACAUUACUGCAGAGACUUAUGUUGGUCUGGUUACCUGACACUAACAUGUAGCUCACAUGUAGUCACAUGUACAGCAUCUGUUCUGCAUACCCGCCACAGCAAGAAGAGGAAACACGAGGCUCCUCAUGCUGUAUGUGUCAUUAACUUUGUAAAAUAAAUUAUAUAAAUAAAUGUUAAAACAGUG